UGAUUGGACUGUGGGGAGGUUGAGGGGGCAAUAAGUAGAGGGUCCAGAGAAUAGAGUCAGUGUGCCCAGGUAUGGGCCACUGAAGGCUUGGCUUUAGAGGUUGAAUUCAGAGCCACAGCAUUGCCUCGUUUUUCAAGAUGGAAGGUGGCUGUAAGAGAAAACUAAAGGAUGGUGCCAACGCACAGGAGACAAAACCACACAGUCCCAGCCCUGGAAGGGACAAAGACUCAGCGGAUAUCAGAAGGCCACUACCAAGGAGCUGUGAAGACCAAGGAGGAGAUGGCUCAUUCCGUCCACGCCGUGCAAAUGCUGAUUCACAAGCAUCAAAAACCAUUGAUGCUGAAAGAAAGAAGGAUUUCAAUGCCAUGUUAAGUGAUUUGGGUUUAAAAAAGUUCUACCCACAUAAAAUGACACUAAACUCAGUUUUAAAAAUAACUAGCGCUGCUCUUAUUAACAAAAAACCCACAUCUUUGAAAGAAAUCCCCAUGCAUUUCCUAUACAAUGUAAUGAGGGCAAACAUUAAAUCUAGAAACACUGAAUUUAGUUCAAGUGAAGAAACCACACCUGUAGAUCCUUCCAAUACAGAUGAUAAAGAUCAGUUUAGUCUGGUUAGCAUGCUUGAUCCAGUUGUGCACUCUAUUAGCAUUCUGGACUUGAUAACUGCAGUGUUCCUCUGCUCAGACAGCCUCUUGCAGCAAAUGCUCAUGGUCAAUAUGUCUUUGUGUAAGUUCUCGUUGCCUCUCUUGCUGCCCGAUGUAAGUCAAGGUAGCAUCACAUUCCUGCUCUGGGCCAUGAGGAUGGUGGUUCACAAAUGGAGACCGCACUCUAAAAUGGAAAGUAAAGGCUACACGGAGGAGCCGAUGGUCACUACAGCAGUGCCCAUGAUCUCAUUCGUGCGCAUUGGGGAGUGCAGGUUCUCCAAAUCAUCGAUCAUCAACUCUAUCAUCAGUGAUGAGAAACAUGAUUUCUUUGUUCAUCGAGACAUGGAAUGUGGAAACUUUCCCCGAAGGAUUUCCAAUGGCCUUGUGGAGGUUUUAUUUCACCUUCCAUGCGGGAAAACAAAUGUGGAUGUAUUCCCAGAAAUAUUUGCGGUGUCAAAUCUACGUGGCGAUGUGCACGAUAGCCCGGCUCAGUUCCAGUUUCUUAAAUCGGACUCAGCUGCGGUGUUCGUUGUUGUGGAAAACAUUGGGGAAAGAGAAUGUGACUUUAUAACCUCGAGCUUCGAUCCACAAUCGAACGUCUUUCUUGUGAUUCACCCCGAUGAGCAACAUCGCAGCCAAACCGAAGAGAGUGUGAGGUUUCUUUUAACCGAAUUGAAAUUAAAAAAGGAAAACGUACAUGUCUUUGGAAAUCAGAAUCAAAUAGUAUUUCUCAAAAGUAUCAAAAGCAGCAUCAGAAAUUUACUGAACAACAGCCAGCCAUUGAAAACUUUAGAAAACCUGUCUCAACCGGCUAAACAAUUAGGCAUUGAGAUUGAUGGAGAUAACAAUGGCUCUGGGAUAAUCACAAAUAGGGCCGACUUGAUUAUCAAUGAGAUUAAAACGACAGAUAUGGAAUCAAUUAAAGCGAUGCUACCUGCUCAAGGAAUUUUUUGGCAGGAUUGGUCAAGAAACGACAAAGAGAUGAAUCGCCUGAAGCACAGGGGAGAUAAGGAUAUCAAUGAGUAUAUUGCACAACUGAAAGAAGAUAAAAUACACAUACGAAAACGACAGUCAGAAAGUCAUAUUUCUGAGAUUGUUCACUCAUUCAUCUCAGCAUGCCUUGAACUUCCUAUAGAAAGAUUCACGGUGUUCCUGUAUUGGAUGAAGGCGAAACUGGAUGCAUUGUCACACGAAAUCCUCACGCCUUUAGAAGACACAUUCAAGCAGCUCUGCCUUGAUCCAAACCAUGACAAAGAAGAGCUCAAACAAACCAGCAAAAAGAUCGCUUGCUCCUCAUUGGGUCUGGAGCACUUCAUGCGCGAGCUUGGCCAGAUCUACGAGGCUUCCAAAGCGAGCAGAAGCAAUCCUCAAUUCCUGAAGUUUCCAUCGGUCAUGGCUCAGUUGCUCAUAAAUGGCUUUCCCAUGGAGCUCCUGGAUGGAGACACUGGCUGCAUUCCCAUCGACUGGGUGACGGACGUACUUACUGAAGUGCGGACCCAGCUGGGCGGCGACCCCCGUGUCUUCGUCCUGUCAGUGCUGGGGGUGCAGAGCUCGGGGAAGUCCACGCUCCUCAACAUCAUGUUCGGCCUGCAGUUUGCUGUGAGCAGUGGUCGAUGCACACGUGGUGCUUUCAUGCAGCUCAUCCACAUUGACGACAAAUUAAAGCGAGAGCUCGGUUUCGACUUCCUUCUGGUGAUCGACACGGAAGGGCUGAAAGCUCAGCAGCUUGCGACUCUCGAUGACAGCUGUGAGCAUGAUAAUGAGCUGGCCACGGUGGUGAUUGCUCUGAGCGACGUUGCUAUUAUUAACUUGGCCAUGGAAAACGCGGCACCAAUUAAUGACACAUUGUACGUUGUUGUUCAUUCUUUAAUAAGAAUGAGAGAGGCUGGCAAAAAGCCAAACUGUCUCUUCAUUCAUCAAAAUGCUGGAUGCGUGUCUGCACGAGACAAAAAUAUGAACGAUCAGAAACAUCUCCUGGAUCAACUGGAUAGGAUCACGAAAGCAGCAGGGAAGAUGGAGCACAAAGCCAUGUACUACAAAAAAUUUACUGACGUCAUAGCACACGAUAUGAACAAGGACAUCUGGUUCAUUCCUGGACUUUGGAAUGGCUGUUCUGCUAUGGCCCCUGUUAGUUACGGAUAUACCGAACACGUGUUGGAACUUAAGGCAUACAUCUUUGAGAAAUUAAAAGAGAGAAAAGGGUUGCUGAAACCUUGCAGCUUACCUGAGUUUGGCCAGUGGAUAUCAACGGUAUGGGACUCGGUGAAAAAGGAAACGCUAAUUUUUAGCUUCAGAAACAUCUUGGUCAUAGAGGCCUACACCAAACUGUGUAUAACGUAUGCAGAUUGGGAGUGGAAAUUUCGUAGCAAGUUCAUUGCCUGGACACAGUGUGCACAGAAUACCAUAAUGAAUGCAGCACCAGACAAGCUCCAUGAUGUGCAUGAGAGGUUACAAGAGAAAGGAAAGGAAGAAGUCGACGUCCACGAAUCUCUGCUAUUACAGAACAUAGAGGAUUUGUUUUCAAAACAAUCUGAAGAUGCUCACCUCAUCGUGAAGUACAAAGAAGACUAUAAAGCUAGUGCUCAGCAUCUUGCUAAAGAAAUAUUAAAGGAAAUGCUUGAAAAGUGUAAAGAGACUGUCUGCAAAAAAGAAUGUUUCCGAGCUCUGGACACUUUGCAGAUUCAAGACAGUAAAAAUAUAUCCCAACGUGUGAAUGAUCUGCUGGAGAGGUGCAAGCGUAGUGGAACUCAUUUGUCCAAAAAAGAAAUUGACAAGGAAUUUCAAGAUAUGUGGUCCCAAACGGUCUCAGAUAUUCCACAAAUACCAGAUACAAAGCGCAAUGUGAAAAAUGAUAUGGAAAAAAAACUCCGCCAAAAUACACAUCUGAACGAAGGAUUGGUCAAUGAAAAGUUACGUGAUUCGUCCAUCUUCAGUGCACCAAAGCAUUCAUUCAAUGUGAAACAUGAGCACAUAGCAGGGUGGUUUUAUAAAAGUAAAGUAUCUCAACUAAUCCCCAAUGCACCAGUGGUAUUAACCAAUUUGUCACAGGACAUCAUUAAUGAAUGUAGAAAAUUAAUAGACAGCCAAACAAGAUCCGAUAAUGAUUACUUUCCAACUUAUUGGGAUGAACUUUUUGCAACCAUAGAUUGUUUGCUGAAGAAAGCAACUGAUCAUAAAAUACCUUAUGGUAAACACUUCGAAAUUGACAUUAAGGUGCAUAUUUGUGCCAUUGCCAUUGGUCGAUUUACGCAACAACAUGACCGUUUUAUUGACCAAAACAAUACAAGGAAACGUAUUGAUUCAAUGAAAGAUGACUGUUUCCGUAUAUUUGCGGAAUUGUAUAACAUUAGAGAUGGAGCACAAAAAAGUGCGACGGUCUUUUGCAAUCAAUGCCUCAAGCCAGCUUUAAUGCAAGUUAUAUACCAACGACUAGGUCCAAAAAUUGUCGAAGACAUGAAAAGAACAUGUACAAUUUUUUUUAGUCGUAAAAACCUGCAAAAGUUUCUGCUUUCCGAUCUACUGGAAAAAGAUGAAUUCAACUUAUAUACCCAAUUUCUAGAUGACUAUAAAUCCUUUACAACACUCUGGAUAAAGAAACUUGUAAUCAACCACUGCAAAGAAAAUAUUAUAUCUCUGUUAAAUUAUAUAUUUAAGGAAAUUGUAGAAAAGGCAAAGAAAGCUGUUUCAUCUCUUUUACACAAACCUAGUCCUGUAAAAGUGUCCGAUCUUUUGGAGAAGCUGCAAGAAUCCCUGGCGGGGGAUAUUGUGAUGCAAAAGUACGCGAUUGGCAUCAUCGGCACAAGUAAGCUACACGACUCAAACAGUAUCAAACUUUUUUGCAACGAAAUGAAUUCAGGGAUUGACCGAGUGAGUUUGGAAGUUAUUGAAUUUGCAAAGUUUUUUGAUGUUGAGAGCUUGUUGGAUAAACUGACCGUGCGGCCACAUGAAGAGCUUUUUAAGUUGUUGGCUGGAUGCGGUAACACCUGCCCCCUGUGCAAGGCACCAUGCGACCAGGGUGGUCGCGACCACAGAGAACAUCAGGCGAUAUUGCACUACCCUCAAGGACUCUGUGGCCAAACGUGGAACCCGCCCGACAAGCUGUCAGUUGAUGUGUGCACCACCUCUGUGUCAAAGAGAGUCUUAUUCUUUUUCAAAGUAAAUCGAUUUGCUAAUAUGGACACAAAGGGUAAAUAUGUUCGUUACACAGACUACCGCACUGUGAAUAAAUACUAUGCCUCUUGGAACAUUCCUGAAGACCUCAAAUUGGAGGCCCCACUAUUCUGGAAGUUCGUGUUCAACAGAUUCAAUGAAGAGUUCGCUAAGCGUGGAAAUGCCCAACCGGCAGAAAUACCAAGAAAAUGGAAAUGUAUUACCAAGCAGCAAGUGGAACUCGAUUUGCAACAAAUGUACGGCUUCAUAGAAAUCAGUGAAUGAAAGAAAUAUCGACUGUGAUAUGCAGCAUAAUUUAUGAACACAUAAUGUCACAUCAAGGAUACUCGUCUUUCAAAAUCAAAAUAAUGUCAUUCACAAUAGUAUGAAUGGCUUUGUGUAGCUUAGGCAGUUUAUUUUAUCAAACGCAUCUAAUUUGGAGAGGAAAAAACUCCUACUUGAGUAAAGAUAUAUUUCUCACAUCUCAUCGUAUUGCUCCUUGAACCAUGGCAUGUAUUUGAUUCAGUGGUUCGCGUAAAUAAACACGUGGUGUAGAAAACAUCAUAAACACAGACAUCUACACAAAGGAUUUGCAAUAAAUGGAUUAACUGGAUUCAAAUCGAAAUCCACACUAUCUACAUGCAUCAGAUCUAGAGCGUGGAAACAAAGUCCCUUUGCAACAUGCACCCUGCAGCGAGAUGGUUCUCUAGUGCAUUAUGCCCUCGCAAUUUGAAUCAUGAACUCGGAGGAUCGAUUUGUGGUCUGAUCUGAUGUGGCUAUCCCUGAAGCCCAGACCUGCCAAUAACAUGGAGAACACAGGCAGACCUCGCCUAACACGUGGUAACUUUCAUGGGAAAUUCCAUAUUGGGCAAACCGUGUUCGACAAAAAAUAGACCUAUCGGAAAUAUAGGGUUGCGUUCUUGGGUCCGAAAUGAUCAUUCCCUUUUUUUACGAAUUCUACAUGAUUUCCCCCAUCUCUAUUCCUCUUCCUGCACCGCGAAACUCACGCCCAAAAGUCGCCCCGGUCACAGAAUUUCCAGCCCAACGCUUGCCCCUAAAGGUUUCUCAAUCGUUAAUAAUUCACCAUCUAGGCAUCCUCAACGAGUGGACAGCUAGAUGCAUGCGGCACAAAAACAAACAAAUACAUGGUAAAUACAUCGUUUCAGUCGAUGUAUUCACACCUUCCAAUGGAUGUAGCACUCUCAUGGCACUACUUUUCCACGCGGAGAUGAGAAUAUUAGCAGCGUCAAACCUCAAAAUGUCAAUACAUCACCCCCGCGUUCUGGAAAACAGACUCAUGAGAUAAACCGUGUAGAGCCGAAACAUGCGUUUGAUAAAGUUGCUUUGAUUAAGGUUGUCCUGUAUUAUUAAUCUUGCUUUUAAAGUCUCAGGAGGGGUCAUCCCUCACAUGGAUUACUGCAUGGAUUGUGGAGCGGCAGACGGAGAGA